UCUCAUCUUGUGGAGCGAAAUUGGGAAUAAUUUUAUUUACAAAUUCAGCAAUGGAGGCUCAUAAAUCAGGAAAAGGGAGGGUUGUUUCACAGAAUAAUUAUAGACGGAGAUACCAAAUUCGAAACAGAACUUGUUAUGGUUGUGGCAAACUAGGUCAUUUUGUAAGGGAUUGCCCAACAAAGAGAAGAAAUAAUGGUGCACAGUUCAAGCCCAAGAACCAACAAAAAAACUAUGUGAACCAGCGACCUGUAAAAGGCAUAUGGACAGAUGGUUCAAUGCGGUCCAAUUUUAAGCAGGAGAACAAAUGUCGCCAUGAAAUUUCUAGGAAAAAUUCAGCCUCAAAUUUACACGAAGGUUUUUCUUCACGGCCUUCAGAUCUCUCUGAAGAUUAUUCCUCAUCAACCUUAGAUUCCUCUGAAGAUAAUUCCUCAUCAGCCUCAGAUUUCUUUGAACAUAAUUCCUCAUCAGAUUUGCCUUAUGAUUUCUCUGAAAAUUAUUCCCCAUUAGCCUCAGAUUUCUUUGAAUAUUAUUCCUCAUCAAAUUUCUCUGAAGAUUUCUCUCAAGAUUAUUCCUCAUCAGCCUCAGAUUUAUCUGAAGAUUGUUACUCAUCAGGCUCAGAUUUCUCUGGAGAUUAUUCCUCAUCAGAUUUAUCUGAAGAUUGUUACUCAUCAGGCUCAGAUUUCUCUGGAGAUUAUUCCUCAUCAGAUUUAUCUAAAGAUUGUUACUCAUCAGGCUCAGAUUUCUCUGGAGAUUAUUCCUCAUCAGAUUUAUCUGAAGAUUUCUCUCAAGAUUAUUCAUCAGAUUCAUUGGAAGACUACUCCUUUGCAGCCUACGGUAAUCAAUUUGAAGAUUAUCUGUCGUCAGCCUCAGAAAGUUCAUCAGCCUUACAUUCGUCUGAAAUUUAUUCCUCAUCAGUGUCAGAUUCGUCCCAGUUUUCUUCCUCGUCAGCCUCAUAUUCAUCCAUAGUCUAUUCCUCAUCAGACACAGACAAUUCUGAAGAUCAGGAUAUAAAUGAAUUUAGAGAGUGCGAAGAAAUACAGCCUCUUCAGUGUGCAACUUCGAGUAUAACUCAGAAAACAUCGGAUGAAUGUCUUCAAUUUCCUAUUGGCACUGGUGUCGAGUCCCUUUCACAAAUCAUAGGACAAGUUUCUAAACAGAGUCUGGACUCUGCAGAAUGUCACAAGGCUGUUCAAACUAUGCAUAAUUUAUCAAUGUUGCUGCUCAUUAAUUCAUCAUUUUCAGACAAUCUGAGCGAAUCUGAUCUCCAAACUCUCCAGUCUGUCAUCUGCAAUCUAUCUCAGUGUCUUAUGAAAAGUAGAGGUGUUUCAAAUUCAACAGAAGUAUCUGCUUUCAUGACUGAUAAACAACUGGUUGCUGCCAACUCAGGGGAAACUAAAAAGGAUUGCCAUGCUCCUGAAGAAAAGGAAGAUCCGGUUGGAAAUAUAAGUUUUCAAAUGUCUGCAGAAGUUUAUCAGUCACAAAUGGUUAAUAUUGAGGUGGAAUUGAAUUUAAUAAAAUCUGAAAUCAGCUGCCUCAGAAGGGAGCUUGAAAUAGAGGGUUUAAACAAGACUCAUGCAGGUACACAUGAAAAUGGAGAUAAUGAAACUUUAGCAAACAGGAAUGAUGUAAACAAUGGGAGUUGUGCAGAAGUGAAUUUAGUUAUAAAGGAAAAUGACUUUGACUACACUUCUGCACCAGUUUCACAAGAGGGAAGUAAUUAUCUACCUGAUUUGAACUUGAAUCCAAAUAUGGAUGAUGGAUUAUACAUAGGUGAAAUUUACAUCAAGAAAUACACAGACGACGUUAUUUCAAAAAGCAAUAUUAGUGAGGAGCCUAUUCAUAAAAAUAGUUUGAAUACUACUGCUCAUAAUCCAGGGCAACCAAAUACAGAGGCAGAAACCAAGCAAAUUGAAGACCAAUUCAGAGUUUUACAAGAACCUAGGAGCUGUUCUGAAUCUGAUAUAGAAUAUAUGAGAGAUUAUACUUCCAACACUGUGCUAGAAGAUGAUGCAAUGAGUGAAAGUCCCACUAAGAUUGGAUGUUCAAUUUAUGGCCAUGAACUAGAAAAUGAUGAUGUCAUGCAUACAUUGGAUGAAAAACCAUUCUUUGAAUCAUAUUUCAAGUAGGGAACAUUUUUUGCUGGAAGAUGGUGCAAUGACUGAAAGUCCUACUAAGAUUGGAUCUGCGAUUGAUGAGCAUGACUUAGAAAAUGUUGAUGUUAGACAUGCUUUGGAAGAAAGUCCAUGUUUGGAAUCAGAUUCAACUUGGUAACAGAUCAACUUUUUCUUACAUUAGAUUCACAGUUCUUAUUUUGUGGAGCGAAAUUGUGAAUUACUUUAUUUACCAAUUCAUUCAAAGUGUCUCUCUGUCUUUUCACACUUUUCAUCAUAAGAAAUUCAUUCUU